AUGCACGUAAUGCACAAGGAAGAUCAGUCCAUCCUAUGUACCGGAGAGUCAGGUGCUGGUAAGACCGAAAACACGAAGAAAGUGAUCCAAUACUUGGCCUACGUUGCGGCUUCCAAGCCCAAGUCCUCAACUUCCCCUCACACGACAAUUCAAUACGUGUCCUCAUUACGAAUUCCCGAAGAUACCAACCAGGACUUGAGAGGUUCCCUGUUGCCUAAUUGUAAGCACUUUCCCUCUGCCUUGUCGAUCCCGGGUUAG